AUGCGCCCCCCACAAGGCAUGAUGCAACAGCUCAGGAUACCCUUGGCGCCUUACCAGAAGGGCCAAACAGCUGCCUACAAUUAUCCGGCAGUUCUCGUACCGCGCGAACUUGCCAAUCGUUUUCCCUUGGACAUGUACGUAGACCCAGUGUUUCAGACUUCGGAUGCGGCGCAGCGCAUUCGGAUGAGGGGCUUUACGCUCUUCCCGAGAUUGCAGGGAAAGACAACGCUGCUUCUGGUCUUCUCUGGGCAGCCACUGAGCGGCUUAUGGACGGGCCUUCGCCAGUGGAUCGAUGCAGUUGCGUCUGACUUCAACGCAUUGCCCAACUCGCAGGUUCUCAAGCUGCACUGUGAGGAGGGCUGGUUCAAUCGCAGAACGCAUCAGCUGACAAAGUUUCAUUUGCGACGUCAGGUCGAUGAAAGUGAAAUUUGGAGAACAUUUGUGUACCGGGGCAAGUGGAAGUGGGAAUAUGAACGGGCCCUUCACUUGUACAAUAAGGAGCUGCCUGUGGUGCUCUUGCUGGAUGCUGUGGGUUAUGUGAGAUGGCAUGCUGUGGGGCUGCCUACUUCAGAAGCAACAGCGCUCUUCAAAUCGCUGUCCCGGAAGCUGGCCCAUCAAAAGCAGGAUUUUACCUGA